CUCUCCUUCCUUCCUCCAAAAAGAACCACCAGAGACCAGCCUUUUCUUCCUUCUCUCUCCUUCCUCCAUUUCAAACCCACAAGCCACAACACCCGACCAUUCCUUCCUUCUCUCUCCUUCCUUCCUUCAUUGCAGAUUUAGACACCACGGCGGCCGGUCGUGGAGGAGAAGCAGAGGCGCCGGCACACCGGCGGCCACGGAGGAGAGCGAAGGGAGACAUCCCCGGCGUAGGAGAGGCGAAAAUGGAAAGGGAAGGAUGGCGAUGGGAGACGCGCGGAGGCCUGGGGUCGUCGGGGAUGGGAGAUGGCGAUGUCGGGGAGGAAUCGGCGAGGAGAAACGAUGCUAUCUCUGACUUUGGCUCUGGCUCGCGGUGCCUGGUCUUCGAGGAAGGCGGGGAGGGGAGACAGAGUCAUCGGGGAGGGUGGCUGGGGUUUGGAUGGCGGAGGGCGAAGGUAAUGGCAGAGCUGGGCUGGAUUUGGAUGGCGGCUGGGCUGGGAUUUGGAUGGCGGAGGGCUAGGAUUUGAGUACGAAGAAGAAAUAAUUAGGGUUGGGGUUUUAUUAAAAGGAUGACUGGUCGGUUAUGUUCGGUUAGUCGGGUAAUCACGGUUAAUUAUACUCGGUUAUUCGGCUAGCCGAAAACCAGCUUUAUUCCACCGAACACCGACGAGGCAAAUAACCGUCGGUUUCUGCUUGCUUGAUUUCUGUUCUGAACUUGGAGAAUCUCGAUCUUAUUCUGCUGAUGGAUUUGCUUCCAGAACACAGAGUGGCACAUUCAUGGACGGUGAUCUGCUCGUCAAUCGCGACGGGGUUCGAAUCGUCUCUCAAUCCGAGCCCGACGCUCCGCCGCCAAUUCAGCCCGCCGACAACCAGAUGAGCCUAGCUGAUAUAGACACCAUCAAGGUCAUCGGAAAGGGGAAUGGCGGCAUUGUUCAGUUGGUGCAGCACAAAUGGACGUGCCAGUUCUUCGCAUUAAAGGUUAUACAAAUGAAUAUCGAGGAGUCUGCACGUAAGGCAAUUGCUAAGGAACUUAAAAUUAAUCAAUCAGCACAAUGCCCCCACGUCGUUUUGUGCUAUCAAUCUUUCUAUGAUAACGGUGCUGUUUCCAUUAUCUUGGAAUACAUGGAUGGUGGUUCCCUAGCAGAUUUUCUGAGAAAAGUUAGAACAAUUCCUGAACCAUACCUUGCUGCUAUCACUAAGCAGGUACUGAAGGGUUUGUUGUAUCUUCAUCAUGAGAAACAUGUUAUCCACAGAGACAUGAAGCCUUCCAAUUUGUUAAUAAAUCAUAGAGGAGAAGUCAAGAUCACUGACUUUGGUGUGAGUGCAAUAAUGCAAAGCACAUCAGGACAGGCAAAUACUUUUGUUGGCACUUACAACUAUAUGUCUCCUGAGAGAAUUAGUGGAGGAAAAUAUGACUACAAAAGUGAUAUUUGGAGCUUGGGGUUAGUGUUGAUGGAAUGUGCAACAGGUCAAUUUCCAUAUGCACCCCCAGAGCAAGAGGAAGGCUGGGUUAAUGUUUAUGAGCUUAUGGAAGCAAUCGUUGAGCAACCACCACCUCAUCUGCCUUCUGAUCAGUUUUCUCCAGAAUUUGGCUAAUUUAUAUCUGCAUGUGUUCAAAAAGACCCAAAAUAUAGACUGUCAGCACUUGAACUUAUGUCACAUCCAUUUAUGAACUUGUACAAGGACCUUCAUAUAGAUCUCUCAUCUUACUUCAAGAAUGCUGGCUCGCCUCUUGCAACCUUUUAAGUAUCUGAUUUGCCACUUCGUACCAGAUGCGGCUCAUGGAGACUCACUCUGAAAUAACUAAAGGGAAGUGUUCUAGUUAAAAUUUUGAAGUUCUGAGAAGUAUUCAGCUGCAAAACGCGGCAGGUAAGCAGCAAUGUGUCAAGAAGCACCAACUCGAGUAUCAAAUUGCUCAAAACAAUUCGUGUACUGUAAAACGAACUGCUUCUCUGCAGUGUAACUAGCGCGAGGUGUUGUUAUCUCUUACACUGGGAGGGGAUCCCCCUUGUAUAAUUUGAGUUGCCAGAGGAAAGAGUACCGUAACUUGCUUGUAUGACAAACAACAGUGUAUUAAAAAAACACACCACUUUGUGUGAAAGGUGUGUGGCUUUGUUUUUAACA